AUGUUUAAGAAAGAAUCAGAGAAGCUGGUGACUUAUAAGUCGGGUAGUACCAAAAGUGUUGUGGAUUACUUGUUAUUAAGGAGAUGUGAUCGAUGUAUAAUAAAAAAUGUGAAAGUGAUACCGGGAGAGGAAUGUAUAAAUCAGCAUCGACUAGUUGUAGGAGAUCUCACUCUUAAAGGUGCCAGGGUCACUAAAAGAAAGUUUGUCCCAAGGCUGAAGGUUUGGAAAUUGAAGGAGGAGAAUGCUAGACGUCAAUUCAAUAUGGCAUUGGCGAUUAGGGAGGCGGAGGUGGCACAAGCAUCUGGGGUGAAUGACAAGUGGGAAGCCAUGAAGAAAGCUUGGGUAAUGACAACUGAGGAGGUAUGUGGAUGGACAAAAGGGCCGCCUAGACAUAAGGAGACUUGGUGGUGGAGCCCAGAGGUAGCGAAAGCCGUGGAUGAGAAACGGAGGUGUUUCAAAGUAUGGUAUAAUAGCAAAGAAAAUAAUGAUAUUUACAAGAUGGCUAAAAGAAAUGCUAAGAAAUUAAUAGCGAAGGCUCAAGAAGAAAAAAGACACGAGUUUGCUAAAGAAAUGAAAUGCGCUGAUGGAAUUGGAAAUAUGGUUAGAAUGGCAAAACAGAUGUCAAAAAAGAGGCAGGAUGUGAUAGGUGUAAAGUGUUUGAAAAAUAUGGAAGGAAAAAUGACGAUUGAUAGUAGUGGUAUUAAGAACACCUGGAAGAUUUACAUGAAAGGACUUUUGAAUGAAGAAAAUGAAUGGAAUAAUAAUAUUAGUUGUGCAAAGGUAGAAGGUCCAGGGUGUAAAUUUGGCAAGGACGAGAUAAGGAGAGCAGUGAAAAAGAUGAAGAAAGGGAAGGCAUCGGGUUUAACGAUGGUGGUAUCAGAGAUGUUUAAAGGUUCUGAUGAUUUAGGGAUUGAAUGGUUAAUGAAUUUAGCAAAUCAGAUUGUCACAGAAGGUACUAUUCCCGAGGACUGGCGAAGAAGUAUAAUUAUCCCAGUAUACAAGGGGAAAGGUGAUCCUUUAGAUUGUGGGUCUUACAGAGCUAUUAAACUCUUGGAACAUGCAAUGAAAGUAUUUGAGAGUGUUAGAAAAGCGGAUAAGGGAACAAAUCAAAAUUGA